CGAUUUUGUCAAUAGGCGUUAGUUUAUGAACAAUCGAGCAUGCUUGUACGGAGAAGGACCACAGAUUUUGUCUUCUUCCUCUGCUCUGUUUUCAUUUCCAACGACUACUGCAGAAGUUGAUGUUUUGUCUGUACUUCUGGGCUUCUCUUCUUUGUUCUAGCCGAAUUCAUGUUGAGUGAAGCUGGUUUCAAUUUUGAUGGCAUUUCCCUUGUCUAGGCCCACUCACUUUUCUAAUUCAAUCAGCUGCUUCUAUUCUUUGGAACCCAGUUUUGCCAUUGUCGUUAAUACAAAUUGCAUUGGUUAUCCACAUGAAACUAAUUGGAAUAUAACAAAACAAAAAGAAGCUUUUGUAAGCAUAUCCCAAAGUUAAAAAAAAAAAAGUUUUAUCAACUUUUGUAAACAGUAUAAGCGAUAAAUAAAUGUUUCCUAUUGGUUAUAUAUUCUCAUUUGUUAAUUGGAGGGAGUAAAGUUGGAGAACUUGUUCAUUACUAGUUACAGAAAUACAAAAUACAUCUUCCUCUGAUGUUUAUAUAUCUUAUUCUUCGUUUCUGGUAAAGUUUUCUCUCACCUGAAUCUCUGUCUGAUGAUAUUAGCUUUUUAAUACUUUCAGCUUUUAAUUAAACCACAUUCUGUCGUCUUCUGUAAUCCAUACAUUUGAUUUGAAGCAGCGCGCGUGGCCAGCUCUGCUAGUGAACCAUAUUCUUAUAACUUGGGUUUAUAACACCUUUAUAAUCAUCCUCCAGUGAUUUCCUACCAAAAAAAAAAAUCAUCCUCCAGUGAUAUUGACUACACUCAAAAGGUUUUCUUGUCAGCAUUCAUAAAUGUUUUGUUUGCAAUUCUAAUAGUCAUUUAUCAUUUAUUCUAAUAGUCAUUUAUCAUUCCGUGUACGUGUUAUCUCAAGUACCUCUCAUUCUCUCAAUUAGUAUAUGGAUUAUGGUAGAAUAUAAGAUCAACAAAAUGAAACUUGUUCACACAAAAGUAGAAAUCAAACAAUGUCCAUAAGACGUGUUCACACAAAAGUAUCUAGAUCCACCACUGUUUGCGAUAAUAUAUAGUGGGUGACUGAUAAAUAAAUUGAUGUAACCAGCAAACUGUUUGCCUUUAUAUUUAACGUGAAUAUUUGUAAUUGAUUUAAUAACAACGAAACCCAUUCAACAUGAUUGGUGAACAUAAUUUGCUGAAAAUCUGCUUAAAUAAUUAAUAAAGGUGGUUAAGUUAGGAGUGCUAAUUCAUUUUCAAAUUAUAUACAGUUUCUAGCUAAUAUAUGAAAAUUACCAGUUUUAACACAUUUUUAGAUUAGGGCCAGAGUCACACAUUCUACACGAUGUGUGGAAGAGGAGACAGGGUAUACAGUGUCGAUGUGUUGAAAAUGUAUGGGACAGACAGAUAAAUUCACAUGAUACAGAGGCAUAACUACAUUUUUUUGGAUAUUUCCAAAAUGAACGAAAAAAGAAGUUUCACUCUUUUUGGAUAUUUCCAGUUUGCAUAUUUUUAGCCCCAAUCCCGUCUUUACAAUAUGCUAAAAAGGACAAAAGAAGCGGUCUGACUUUUCUAUUCUUCGCAGCACUCGGAAUCACACACACGCUUUUCAGAGUGGCCAGAAUCAGUGGUUCACAUACACUUUUUAGAUUAGGGCCAGAGUCACACAUUCUGAAGGCCUGAAUUUGUUUUCAUGUUUUUGAACACACAUAUUUUGAAAGAAUAAAAUUUUGAAAACUCAACUUGUAAGACCUUACACAUAUACGACACACAUGUUAACGCCGGUUAGAAGAUACGAGAAUAUAAACUUAUUAAAGAUGCAAACAUAGAGACUAGCAUCUUGCGUUGUUUUUCGCGUAUUAAAAAUCAAAUUUAUUUUUAUUUGGUACAUCAUUUCAAUUAUACAUGUUUUUAUGUUUUAUAUAUUAAAUUUAGUACUAUUUUGGGAUAUUAAAUAAAUGAUGGACGUUGACAAAAAAAGAAAAAAAAAACUAUGAUGGACAAAUAAGAUAAUCAAUUUUGGUAGGGCCUUUGCAAUGACAAAACACACACUUAUGGAAUGGCCCAAUUAUCUGAUACGCAAAAUAUUUGCCAUCAGGAAUGUCAAGACUUCAUUGGACAAAAAAAAUGUCCUGACCCAAAAAAGUUAAGUUUAAAUUUAAUUUGCACACACAAUUUAACAUUAAAGACUUCAAUAUUUGAUAUUAUUUCCAUUCUUCGAAAGUGUUAACACAAUAACUAUUGAAAGAGUAAAUUUUUAUAGAAGAUUUACUAUUUCAAUAAAAAAAAGUUAGACGCUGAUUAACUCAGCUAUGGCAGUCUUCAUCUUCCUCCAUUGAUCUAUCUUUUAGAACCACUGGAAUACAAUUUAAAUUAUUGAAACCGUUUGCAAGACUAAUGAAUUACCACAAACACCUAAAUAGCAACAAACAUCUUAUUACGUAAUCCAGAGGCACAAUGGGAAAUAUACUAUGCUUGGCUUAGAAUAGAAAAAAGAACAAAAAUAAGUCUUACUCUUAUCCACAGGCGGCGGCUGCUUUAACAUGAAAUUGAUUUUAUAUAUUUUAAAUACAGGCCGGGGAGAAAGCUGUCCGACUUUACUAAACACAGUCCAUAUACAAAGCGGUCAAACUUUUGUUUCUUUCACAACACUCGAGAAUCACACACUUUCACCUAGCAUAGGGUCAGAAUCACACAGACACAGACACAGACACAGACUCAGCCACGUACGUAAGUUGUAACCGAGCUAGUAAUAUAAAUAAUAGACGCACUCGUUAGACACCUUUAUUCUCUAAAUCGUUCACUUGUUCUCUACCAAGGGUAGUUUUAACAAUGGUUGUUUCACUCCCCCCACAAUCUCAAACAUCUUCUCUUUUCUAUGGAGUUAACAACCCAUAUUUGAAAAAUGGACCUAAAGGUUUCAAAGAGUAUAAGAUUUUGAAGAACGGAGACACGUACCUUAGGAUUGAUCUUCCCGGAGUUCCAAUGAAAGCAGCCGUCGAAGUAUCUCUUUGGGCGGAUGAUAAGGGUGUGGAAGCCUUGGUGGAUGCACCAAAGCAACACAAACACGACUCUUCUCAACGGACGUACUGUCCCAUCAUCGGUUUCAUGUGCGGAAGAUGCAAAGUCUUGCGAUUCACCUCCCAAGUGUGUGAUGGAGUUCUUAGGCUUGUACUCACUCCAACAGCAAGGAUUCUUGGAGGGAGAUUUCUUGGUGGGGCAGAUUGGGAAGAAACAUAUUUUUGUAGUUCUGCUGCUCACUGGUUACCCUAUGCCUCCGAUCCGUAUGACCCUUCCUUAACCGGUCCGGUAUUGGAGCCAAAUCCUAGCGUUAAUGAAGGAUCGCCGAUGGCUUAUGAAUCGAAGCGGCUCCCAAACGGCAGCUUAUACGUGCGUGUAGACAUGCCAGGCGUUCCCAAAGACAGGUUCACGGUGUCGGUAGCGGACGGGAGAGUGACGGUGACUGGUGAAGCUCCUGCCGUUAGCCACGACUCAGAUGGCCGGUUCUACUCCGGUGACGUGGCAUUGCUCGACACUCUUGUCACAUUUCGUCGUCGUUGGAUAAAAACCAUUGUCAAGGAUGGAGUUAUUAGUUUCAUGUGGAUAACCAAUGCAAUUUGUAUUAACGACAAUGGCAAAGACUGGGUUCCAAAAAAUAGAAGCAACUGAUUGAAUUAGAAAAGUGCGUGGGCCUAGACAAGGGAAAUGCCAUCAAAAUUGAAACCAGCUUCAUUCAACAUGGAUUCGGCCAGAACAAAGAAGCCCAGAAGUACAAACAAAACAUCAACUUCGCAGUAGUCGUUGGAAAUGAAAACAGAGCAAAGGAAGAAGACAAUCUGUGGUCCUGCUCCGUACAAGCAUGCUCGAUUGUUCAUAAACUAACGCCGAUUGACAAAAUCGGAGAUUAAUUUUUAAGGAUUUUAAGUUGUU